UCAUCAAGACUGACGUGGGGACUACGUGGGCAGAGGCUCGAGCCAUCCACUCCUACCAUAAUUAGUGACGAGUCUGACUACGUAAAACUUUGUCCGAUGGCCAUGGACACAGCGGUUGCGUCAUCACAGCAGGAUGGAAGUGUUGAUUACUCUCUGUCUGAUGAAGAACCAAGUCAGAGCGAAUCCAACUCACCGACUGCUGUACAUACUCAGGUUUCCGGAACAGGAGACUCCGCUGGCAUGACAGUGGUGCAGUUACCUGUUGAGCAGACAGUUCAGGUCCAGGCUCCUCAGGCCUCUGUCAUCCAGUCACCACAGAUGCAGACUGUACAGAUCACCUCUAUAGCUGGGCUUGAAGGUGGGGAGUCGGCAGUCACAGACACACAGAAAAGAAGAGAGAUUCUCUCAAGACGUCCAUCUUAUCGAAAAAUCCUCAAUGAACUAUCAACGGAUUCCUCCUCAAUUCCAAGAAUUGAGGAGGAGAAACCUGAAGAUGAGGUUCCACCCUCCAGUGUCUCUUCAGUUCAAGUUCCAACUUCAAUCUAUCAGACCAGCUGUGGCCAAUACAUUGCUAUCACCCAGGGGGGAGCCAUCCAGAUAGCCAGCCCAGCCAGUGAGGGCCUCCAGGGUGUACAGUCGCUGGCCAUGUCCAACUCUGGUACCCAGAUCCUGCAGUACGCAGCCCAGGCAGGGGACUCUGGACAGCAGUUAUUCUCUGUGCAAGGUGGCCAGGUGGUGAUACAAGCUGCCACUGGAGAUAUGCCAGCGUACCAGCUGCGUUCGCCCACAUCGGGCCUGCCCCAGGGCCUGGUGAUGGCUGCGUCCCCAGGCUCCCUGUCCAUGCACAGCCCCCCGGUGCACACUGAGGAGGUCACACGCAAGAGGGAGGUCCGCCUCAUGAAGAACAGGGAGGCUGCACGGGAGUGCCGCAGGAAAAAGAAAGAGUAUGUCCGGUGUCUGGAGAACCGCGUGGGCGUGCUGGAAAAUCAAAACAAGACCCUCAUCGAGGAACUCCGAGCAUUAAAGGACAUUUACUGCCACAAGAACGAGUAGCUCAGGAGCUGUACUCAGCCUUGUGCCAGGAAAGAGAGAUCCUACUAAAAAUGCUCAUAUAGUUCCGUUUACAAACUGACUGCUCUAAAAGACUGGAACAAAAACUACUUUCACUGUCUACUCCGCUUUUUCAGGCCCAGUCACUUUGAUACUGCAUCAGAGGUUGUCAGGCGGCCAUAGGCUUGUGCUCUCCGGGCACAAGUCAAGUCUUGGUCUGGCCCAGGGCCCCUGUCUGUCCUCACUCAUGCGCUUGCAAGUGAAUACAUAAGUGUCGCCCAGCCGCGUUUUGCUUUUGCUAUUUUCAGGGAGGCAACCAAUGAGAAGCCAGCCUGCAGAGGAAAAGGAAGUACAUGUGCUUCCUGAAGGCACACCGCUCACCAACACUGACUCACCACAGUGGAGAAGCAAAAACUAAAGACCUGCGAUAGAGCCUCAUUAUCAGCCAGCAAGUUUGUGCAAGCAGACUCACCAGCAAGCCAACCUACCUUAGCCUAAGUGCCAGUCUGUUUAUGCUAUCAUGCCAACUCCUUGUUUGGCUUGACAAUGAAACCAAUCAAGUUGGCAAGAGCACCAAUAGAUCUAGGAUCAGGCUAAACCUACCCAUCUUUACUUUUCACUGCUAGCUAGAGUUGUUCUUAUAUUACUGUACUUCUCUUCUCACCUUGGCUGUUGUCAACAUUCCUUUGUGAAAUGAGAUUAACCCCUUCUUUCAGGACGAAGUGUGACGAGUAAAUACACUUUCUGCAUCAUUGAGGUUUUGGGAUGCUGUAUUUGGCCAUUUGAGUCAAUUCAAAAAUGUUUGACUUAAAAACGGUUGCAUUGGACCUUUAUCUCCAUAGCAACUAAUUCCUGGGUUACAAUGAAGUACCUUUCUGUGAUUGUUUUCAAUUAAAGUGGUCAAAAAUAAACCAAAAUUUGCUUCUUAGCAAAGAGCUAUUUCUCAAGCAAGAAUUUAGCUUGGGCUGUCUGGGAGUGGUCUGAGCUGUUAUUGGCAAGGUUUGGAACGCUCUUUCUUACAGGUCUAUUAACUAAUUUACCGCCUGGUGAUGUCACCAGGCAGACCAAAACACCAUCCUACCAAAACAGGCUGAAAUUACAGAUGGUCUUUUCAAACAGCUCUUCCACUAAAAGGGCAUUAUUGUAAUGUUUUUACAAUUUCACAGUAUUAUUCCAACCUCAUAGUUUUGAAAUGAUUUUAAAACACAGGCAAAUCUAGUUUGACCACACUGAGCCUUUUAAUGUGUUACUUGAAUUAAUGUGUAAGACCCAGUGUCAAGGAUGUCAAGCAUUAAACAUUUUAUGGCAAUUUAGCUAGCUAGCUUGCUGUUGCUAGCUUAUUUGUCCUGGGAUAUAAACAUUGGGUUGUUAUUUUACCUGAAAUGCUGAGAGGUCCUCUUUACCUGAAAGGUCCUCUACUCUGACAAUUUAAUCCACAGAUAAAACGGUAACCCAAUUUGUUUCUCCUCAUCUCUCCUCCUUCCUUCAGGCUUCUUUUUCUUCUUUAGACUUCAUAUGGAAGUUGGAAACCAACAUCACAGCAUUACUACAACCGUGUGGAGUGUGGACCUCAGUUCAUCUUUCAAUCACCCACAUGGGUAUAUGCUCCUAAAAUCCAAUGAGGAGAUUUGAGAGGGAGGACUUGUUGAAUGUCACAAAUAGAACCAUGUUCUCUUUUAGCGCCCGGCUACGCAGACGCUCGCUAACGCGCGCAAUGUUUGAAUAACAUGUAUGUGUAAAUUUAUUUUGCAUCACACGUGACGCGAGCGGUGUGGUCAGCAUGUAUGCCUUUUACUUGGUGUGCUCUUUUCAAAUGGCACAGUUCAAUUAAAAAAGUUAACAUGACAUGCCCCUCAGAGGAAUUUAAAUUAAAUAAUUAUAUAUUUAUAGCCAUCUGAGGAAUCUUAUCUCACCAAGACCAUGUUGAAAUGACUACUGCUAUGCUACUCUUUCAAAAUGGCUACAUUUUCCGUUUACUGAAUGGCUCACCAGUCGUUCUCCACUUUGUCUGUCUUGGAACAUUACUGUGCCAGUAUAUUGUACACAUGUUUAAAAAAAAUAAUAAUAUUACAACCACGGAAAGUACUGAUGAACUAAUACUUGGGUAUUUUGACUGUCUUUAUAAAAAAUGUAUGUGAAUUACUUGCUAAUAACAGGUAGGAUAUGUCGCAAAUGGCCCCCUAUUCCCUUUAUAGAGCACUACUUUUAACCAGUCUUAUGGGCCCUGUCAAAACUAGUGCACUAAAUAAGGAAUAGCGUGCCAUUUGGGACAUGCAUAGAGUUCAUGACUGCUCUGUUUAAAGGGUAUUGCUAAUGACUGUCCAUGACAGACUUGACUGAUGAUGUAGCUUCAUUUUCUUUCCUCACACCAGUUCCGCUUGCUGAUUUUGCACCCACCCGCUUGCUUUGAAUUUUGAGGUAAUCUUUCUUUCCGUUUACAUUCAUAUGUCCUUUGUAUGUUGUCAUGCCGAUGGUUUUACAUUUCAGGUGAGAUAUGAAAUAAGAUGAAAAAUAAAAUUGAUCUCAGUAAAUGUUGUUAGAUAGAAUUGAAGAGUAUGUCAAACAGGUUAGCUCUUAACCAGUUGUACAGCGCGUGUUGAUCCCUGCUAUGUUUGAAAAUUGUUUCAAAAAAAUACUAUUUCUAAUAAAAUUUCCUAAAGUUCA